CUUAAUUAUUGAAUAUAGUCGAAGUGUCGCACAUAAAUAUAUCGAAUACCCCUAACAAUUAAAAGAACGAAAAUACCAAACAUAAAACACUCGUAAAUUAGAAUACAACUUCAAAUAACGCUUGGUAAUUAUAAAAAUUAUCUACAUACCAUGGAUACAUUUGAUGUAUCGGACCGCAGCAGUUGGUACUUUGGAUCAAUGUCCCGGCAAGACGCUACAGAAGUGUUGAUGAAUGAACGAGAACGAGGAGUGUUUUUGGUUCGGGACAGCAACUCAAUAGAAGGAGACUAUGUUUUAUGCGUAAGAGAGGACACAAAAGUGAGCAACUAUAUAAUCAAUAAAGUACAACAGCAAGACCAAAUUGUUUAUCGUAUAGGCGAUCAGUCUUUUGAAAAUCUACCAAAGUUAUUAACCUUCUAUACACUUCAUUAUCUGGACACCACACCGCUCAAAAGGCCUGCACAAAAAAAAAUUGAAAAGGUUAUAGGGAAAUUCGAUUUUGUAGGCAGCGAUCAAGACGAUCUACCGUUUCAAAGAGGAGAGGUUCUUACAAUUAUUCGUAAGGACGAAGACCAAUGGUGGACGGCACGCAAUGCCACAGGGCUGAUUGGACAAAUACCGGUGCCCUAUGUUCAACGGUUACAGUAUGAUGAUUCAAUGGAGGAGAAUGACGUCGAACAGACAAUUCCACAAAACUCAAUCUUAAGCAGUGCUCGUUCAGCAGCAUCUUCAGGCAGUAAUUCCGAUUCACCUUCAGUAUCUUCGAAUCAGUGUGGCACAUUAAAACGAACUGACUUAAAUCGUAAGUUGCCGGCUAGUGCUCGCGUAAAACAAUCCCGCGUGCCAAAUGCAUAUGACAAGACUGCACUGAAACUUGAAGUCGGCGACAUAAUAAAAGUGACAAAAACUAACAUUAACGGACAGUGGGAAGGAGAGCUAAAUGGUCGGAGGGGUCAUUUUCCAUUUACGCAUGUUGAAUUUGUAGACGAUUGUGAUUUACGCAAUAACUGCUCCGACAUUCGAUUGAAUAGUGGCAAUAGCGAUUGGGCGGAACAACAAUAAUAAACAGUCUUAUUAUAAAUUCUAUUUUAGAUUUAAGGCAUAAUUGUAUGAAAAAUGUAUAAGUCGUGUUUACAAAUUGUUAAAAAAUUAAACUAUAUUAUUUAAUCUUAUUAAAUUCUCUACACCUACA